UCGGUCGAGGUUUGUAUUGCCUGAGGGAGGGGCACGGCAUGCUGAGAUUGUCCGGCACUGAUUGAUCCGAAAUUAGGCUGUCCGGGCUGGGGGGACCCGCGUUUGCAUUGCUUCGGAAGCGAUAGGACCCCAGGUUUGCAUUGCACUCCAGGGAGGAGGGAGGUAAGGGACCUUGCUUCGCUUUACUCCAGUAAUAGGGAGCCUCAGCCCGCAUUUUCGGAGUGGUAGUCUUAUCACCUUGAAAGAUUCUUAAUCCCCCUGCCACCGUGAGGUGUUCGGCCAGGAAAGUUGUGGAGGGAGGGCCUCAAGCCCCUUCGAAGCAAAGGGCCACCUCGCCCCCACUGCACUGAAUGACUAAAUUAAUAUUAAACGGUGGUGGAAACUAGCCCCAUUACGCCCUCAGUUAACUACCCCCUUAUGUUGCAUUGCACAAAUUGAGUAUACUUUGGGUAUUGCAUAGGUUAUGAGCCCAUCCUUAAUUUAGCAUGAUGCACAUUCCUUAGUUUUGCAUCGCACAGGGGAUGACACCUUAAUUUUUUUCUUUCAAGGACAGGUUGUCCCCUCGGUUUGCGUUGUUCGUCUUUUUAUUGCACUGGCUUGAAUGCCUUCCAAAUUUGCAUUGCACUGAAUAUAUAUUAUAUAUAUAUACAUACACACAUACCUCUAGAUUAAAAUUGCACAAGAAUUGUACUCCAAGUUUGCAUCAGAACAUCUCUCAGUUUUUAAUUGCCCAAGGGUAGAAAGAGCUAUGUAUUCCCUGACUUUAGUAAGGGGUCCAUAGGGGAAAGCCCCUCCCCCCAUGUUGCCCUGCUUCCAGCUGCUUCGCAUGGGGGUUGGGAGGGGUGGAGACCUCUAUACUUUUCACCCCCCAACUGGGGCUGGCUGUACCUACCACUUGGGCCUCAGGGCUGAUCUGUGUGAUGUGGCCCUUCGGCCCCAGUGUGAGCCUGUCCUCAUCUCCCCGGUCCAUGCCAAGCUGCAUGCUGAAGGCCAAGGUGACGAUUGGAGAGUCAGCCUGGAGGACUGCAGUAGCUAUGGUACCUUGGUCAACAAUAUCAGACUCACCAGGGGUCACCAACUGGAACUGAGUGACGGUGACCUCCUAACCUUUGGCCCCAAGGGGCCCGUGGGGGCCAGCCCUCCUGAGUUCUACUUCAUGUUCCAGCGUGUCCGAGUCCGCCCCCAGGACUUUGCUGCUAUUACUAUCCCCAGAGCUGGUGGGGAAUCAGGAGGUGGAGGUGGUUUUUGGCCUAUGCUGCCCCCUCGGGGGGCCCCGCAACGUCCCCUCAGCACCCUCUCCCCUGGUCCCAAGGCUACCCUGAUCCUCAGCUCCAUUGGCAGCCUCAGCAAACUCCAGCCUCAGCCCCUCACGUUCUCCAGGGUCCAGGGUGGAGGUCAAAGCCUGACCUUUCCUGUGACCCUUAGGGAGGCAGAGGCCACCCUUCCCACCCCACCUCCAGCCCCUCGGAACCGUCGGAAGUCAGCCCACAAGGUGCUGGCUGAGCUAGAGGAUGAGGAGGGAAAUGAGGAGAGCCCUCCCAGAGUUCAGGCUGAAACCAGAAAGAAGCCUCGUGGAAUGAAGACUCCAGUCACUCCCAGUGGAAAACGCCGUGGCCGUCCCCGGAAGUACCUGUCAUCUCGACCUGCAGCUCCCCCUCCAAUUGGGGGAAGUGAGCCCUGUGCAGCCCCCAGCUGCCAGCCACCCCAGGAAGAGACAGUGGCCUGGGUCCAAUGUGAUGGCUGUGAUGCGUGGUUCCACGUGGCCUGUGCUGGUUGCAGCUACCGGGCCGCCCAAGAGGCUGACUACCGCUGUUCUAGUUGCCAAGCCUAAGGAGGAAAGACUUCUAGGAAGGAAUCGCCCAUUGCCAUGGACUGACUAAGGGACCUUAGCAGGCCCCUAAAGCAAAAGGGCCUUUUGGCUGUGGCUGUCGUCUCCAGGAGUAUCCAGUUACUAGAGAACAAGGAACUGGUUGCAGGGUCCUGUUGCCCCAGAUGCCACAUGUCUGGGACCAGAGAAUUACCCAACUCUGGAAGUCAAGACUAUGUCAGAUAAAUGGCUUCAGGAACCCUAGAACUGGAUGAGAAAGGUUUCAGAGAGCCAUUCUCUGGGGGAAUCUGGAAAACCACAGGUUUGGCUGUGAGAGGGCAGGAAAACAAGUUCCAGUAUGAUCCUGAUCUCAAACGUGCUGCUUCCAGCAGAAGAGCCUGCCCCAAAGCUUCACUGGUUCCAUUAUGUCCAGUUCCCCAAUCUUUGGUCUUUUCUGAUCUGCCCUUUCCCCUUCUUGCUUAUUU